AUGGCCAGCCGAUCGGACACUCAUCUUCAUUUGCGACGUCCACAUCUCCGUACUGCCACUUUCAUCCCGGCCAGCUUUUCAUUCGACUUGCUUGGUCCUUCUGAAAAACGGAAUCAGUGGCUACCACGACUACACGAUACCCUUACCGAUUUACUUGAUGCUGGUUCCGAUAUUGUCAUCUCAGGGCGAUUGCUGAGUUCGGACAAGUUGAUUGAACUGUGUCGAGGUGAAUGGUAUUUUAUGAACUCUCUCCUCUCCAUCGGUCAUCGACUUGCGCCAUUUACAUCAAAGGAACAGAGAACUAGCCGCCUGCAAGCAGAACUUGGCAAGUUGAAUUUUGGUUUACCAGCUCGUGUUUGGCUGCCUGUAGAAACUAAAGAGCACAUUGUUCUACAAAUACCUCCGUCUGCUGCGGUGUGUCUUAAUUCGUCUGAAAAAGUUAGUUACUCGAUUUUUCUGUCUCCCCUUCAUUACUAA